AUGUAUUAUCGAGCAGAAUUGUGCGUGGCGCCGCGCCUAAGACGCUGGACGCAAGCGAAUUGGAGCGAAUCGCCUCCCAUUAGCUACAAUGUUCUAUUAUUACUGUUAUUAUUUAUUUCGCCAACCUAUGGCUAUCAUACGGAUGAGUGGAUAGUUUUUAAGAAUAAACAUAUCGAUCAAGGGAUGCCGUUUGAAAAGAUGGUCGUAGAUCCAUCAAAUACACGAUUGUAUGUGGCUGGCGUUAAUUAUCUAUACGAUUUGCAUUCAUCUGAUCUUUCCGUACGUGUGGAAGCUGUCACGGGACCAAUGGAUGAUUCAGAUCAGUGUAAAGGAGGUCGUAACGAUAGCUGUACUGCAAUUCGACAUAAAACAAAUUCGCAUGCAAAAGCGUUAGCUGUAUACGACAAGUCCUCGCAACUGAUAGAAUGCACGAGUUUGUUCCAAGGUCGAUGUCGAUUGCGGAAUCUCCACAACAUCAGUGAUGUACAAAUUGAAUCACCUGAACCUAUGAUAGCGAACGAUGCCAGUUCAUCUGCGGUUGUAUUUGUUGGCAACGGACCAUCUAAGGAGCCUGUAUUGUACGUUGGUACGACAUUUGUUAAAGGACCGCUUUUUCGUGACGAUAUCCCUGCGGUGACAUCACUACGAUUGUCUCGCAGCGAUGGUGAAGCGAAAGAGUUCGAGUUAGCAGACAAAGGGCUGGCAACUGGCACAGAAAUCAGCCUCGAGAGAAAGUUCAGGAGUAGUUAUAGGAUCGACUACGUAGGAGGUUUCGAGUCAGGUAGAUAUGCGUAUUUUGCGACCAGACAAGGCGCAACGAUAGGAGAAGAUGCACCAAUCCAAUCGCGACUUGUCCGGGUCUGCACUGGUGAUGCGCAUUUCUACAGUUACACCGAGGUGCCGCUCGAAUGCAUUAAGUAUGACAUCAACUAUAACCUGAUACAAGAUGUGUACGUUGCUACCGCCGGUUACAAUCUUGCAAAGUCCUUAGGAAUAAGUGAAAGUGAUGAAGUUCUCUAUGCAGUUUUUGUGGCGGAUGACACGACAGCUUUCCAGCGAAAUUUUCCCACGCGUCGCUCGGCAGUGUGUGUCUAUCCCAUUCAAAAACAUAUUGAAAAGAAGUUCGAGGAGAACAUUAUGGAAUGCUAUCGAGGGAAAAAUUUGAAGCAACUACCAUGGUUCAAAUCGUCUGACGAAUGUAAAACAACACAUUUGUCAUGGAAAGAUGUGGAAUGUGGGCAGGAUGUGAAUAAAAAUAUCGGUGGCGGAAAACCAAUCUCCGCCGAGCCUUUGCUGACAACCGACGAUGCAAGAUUUACUGCGAUUGCUAUUAACACCACAAGAGGAGCAACAGUGGCGUUUAUUGGCACCGAUGAUGGGCGGAUAUUAAAGACCAUUAUCCAUGACUCAACAACGGCUGAAGUCUACGCUACUGAAGAAAUCUCACCAAAUCAUGAACCAGUUCUUGCGGAUUUGGAGUUUAGCGAAAAUGGCCAAUAUGCGUAUGUGUUAACGCCCAGCAAGAUUGUGAAAAUGAGGACAUCAGAUUGCACCGAAGGAGCGGCAACCUGUAUCACUUGCUUAGCUAAACGAGACCCAUUCUGUGGAUGGUGUGUGAAGAACAGCAUUUGUACAGAAGAAGAUACUUGCGAACGUGUUUUGCCUAAGACAAGUAGCGGAUGGUUGGAUUUUCAAAACAAUCGUUGCCCAAACAUCAAAGGUGUUGUCCCGGAUAAGAUCCAAAUCACAACGGCAGACUUUCUCAAUGUAAGCUUAGAAAAUAUGGGCGACAUCAAGGGCAGACUACAGUGUUCCUUUCGAUUUAUCGAUGGGAAGGUGGUGAAUAGUGAACCCGCUAGACAGGAUCCGCAUGACGGAACUCUGAGAUGCGCUACUCCACCGAUAAAUCGACUUCCCAUGAUUCCACCAAACGAAUCACAUCAUGCGGCGAUGUUAAGUAUCGUAGCGGAAGGUCGAAUAACGCCGAUUGCAUCGACCAACUUCUCUUUUUACGACUGCAAUAGGUACACAACGUGUUCGAAAUGUGCAAAAAGUGAAUUCCCUUGUGACUGGUGUCUCGAGUCAAAUGAAUGUGUUGCGGGAAAACUAACAGAGGAUAAGUGCCGAAAACAGCAUAUAGUAAAUGGUUUAAAUCGGGAAGGACAUUCGCGAAGAAAAGGUCCUCAGAAAUGUCCACAUAUUGUUGCACCGCAUACCAAACUUUACGUUGCGGCAGGAGAAAGAAGGAAUAUUUCUGUGAAAGUUCAAAAUCUUGAUCCAAUAUUCAUGACGGAGUUUCGAUGCCAGUUCAGAGUAGGAAGCGUUGAGCACGAGAAAUCUGCUGUCAAAACAUUUGACGAUAAUAUCAUAUGUGAUGAGAUGCAGUUCGAUCACUAUGGAUUAGGAAUGUCUGGAGGAACAGCUCCUGUUGAGUUCAAUGUUGUAUGGUCGUCGAGCGAUUCAUCGAAGAAGCACACAUUAGAUAAUGUUGGUGGGGUGGCUGUGGAGGUCUACAAAUGUGAGGCUUUGGCGUCCAACUGCGGCCGCUGCCUAACCCUGGAUGGUGCCAAAUACGAAUGCGGUUGGUGUGCGAUUGAUAGCCGAUGCGUAAGACCGAUGGCAUGUCUUGCGAAAUCUCCGCAAGACUGGUUGAACAGCACGCAACUAUGUGCAAAUCCGGCUAUUGAAGAGUUCGCUCCGAAAAAAGGACCCGUCGGUGGAAAAACGAAGUUGCGAAUCACUGGAUCAAAUCUGGGCCGCAGAUAUCAAGACGUGUCAGGUGCGGUGAUUGUAGCGAAUGUUCAGUGCGCAGUAAUACCAGCCGAGUACCAACCAGCGACGGAAAUUGUCUGCGAGACGGGCAAAGCGGCUAUUAAGAACAGCAAGGGGCCUAUCGUGGUGAGACUCCGUGCUGAUGACGCCAACUACGCAGCCGUAUCAAAAUACGAUUUCGAAUAUGUUGAACCGGGAGUGUCAUCGGUGAAGCCGAAUAGAGGGCCAAAAUCUGGUGGUACUGAUGUCACCCUAUACGGUACUGAUCUGGAUGCCGGCAGCGAAGUACAUGUUUCGUUUGGUGAAGUGAAGUGUGAGGUUCUCUCUCGGAAACCCGAUCAGUUAAUUUGCCGAAUGGGCGCUGUGGAUUCAGAAGUUGGGGUUAGCAGCAGCAAAUCUCUUCGGCUAGACUUUGAUGGUUCUCCAGGGCGUGUACCAUAUCAACUCACAUACGAAUUUGUUUCAAAUCCACGUGUGAGCACAAUAACGCCAGCAAAGAGUAUCGCAGCCGGUGGAGUACAAAUUGAUGUAAAAGGAGAAGGAUUUGCUUUGCUGCAAAGGCCAAGAAUGGUUCUCAUUAGCGAUCGAGGAGUUAUCCAGGCAGGGCCUGUUUGCGAUGUUGAAGACGAUGGGUUAAUGAUCUGCCUCUCUCCGGGGCUUCCAUCCGGUGACACUGGAGGGAGACUACAUCACAACUUCGCCUUCGAUUUUGAUGGAACAAUUACGGAGAGCCGGCAGAUGGAGGUAUAUCCGAAUCCUAAAGUAGAUCAGUUUGCGGAAACCAGAUUCUACCGUCCGGGUGAUAACUAUCUCACCAUUAACGGUGACGACUUGAACGUGGGAGCCAUGGAACGGGAUAUCAAGAUAACGGUUGGCGGUGUUGAUUGUCAGCUAACUGCCUUAGCGAGAAAAGUCCUGACAUGCAAACCUCCGACAGAGAAACCGGACUUAGAAGGUGGUGUCCAGCCAGAAGUGAUGGUGAAAAUUGGGAAUGUCAAUUAUAACAUUGGCCAAUUGUCCUACGAUUCUCCUUCACUCACAUCUGGUAUACUGCUGGUGAUUCUGAUAUGUGCCAUAGCUAUGUUGUUAUGCUUAUUUUGCUUAGCAAUCAUGUAUAGGCGAAAAACCAACUCCCAUCAAAGACAGAUGAAAUACCUGAAGACUCAGAUGGACACUAUUGAAAUGAAGGUUGCUACUGAAUGCAAGGAAGCGUUUGCGGAACUGCAGACGUCAUUGAAUCAGUACACAGCCGACUUGCCCUUAGGGACGCCCAUUGUGCCAUUUUUGGAAUAUAAGGAUUACUGUGCGAGGGUGCUAUUCCCGAACAACCCGCAUAAUCACCCCGUACUUCGAGAUCUUGAGGUGGACAGUCAGAAGGCUGGUGCGAUCGAAGCUGGCCUAAGAGAGUUCCACAAAUUGUUAAUGAAUAAGACGUUUUUCUUGACAAUGGUGCGAACUAUGGAAUCCAACAAGUACUUCCUCGGGAAAGAUCGUGUCUAUGUUGGGUCGUUGAUAAUGGUUGUUCUGCAAGAGAAGAUGGGAUAUUGCACGGAAAUGCUGAAGCAACUUCUCAGAGAGUUGAUCGAUCGCACGGUUGAGAAGAAAUUCCAGCCGAAGAUCUUAUUCAGAAGGAGCGAAAGUGUUGCAGAGCGCAUGCUAGCGGCGUGGUUCACUUUCUUGAUGCAUGACUAUUUGCGGAAUUUUGCCGGCAAACGACUGUAUGACCUUUACUGGGGCAUAAAACAACAGAUGGAGAAAGGACCACAGGAUGCAAUUACACUAGAAGCUCGAUAUUCUCUAUCGGAAGAGAAGUUGUUGCGUGCAACGUUCGAGUACAAGGAGUUGACGAUAUUCAUUGCGGCUGAUUCGAUGACCUACACUCAACCGGACAUGCCUGUACGGGUGUUAGAUUGUGACACAAUUACUCAGGUCAAAGAAAAAUGUUUGGACGCAAAAUACCGCACAGUCCCGUACUCGGAUCGUCCCAGUGCGAACGAUUUGGACUUAGAGUGGCGGACCGGUAUCAAUGGACGCAUGGUGCUACAAGAUAUCGAUUCGACGUCCCGAGUAGAACCAGGUGGAUGGAAGCGACUGAACACACUGGGACAUUAUAACGUGCCCAACAACUCCGUUUUAAUGCUAACAACUAGGCAGAAUUCGUUGUAUAAUUUGUCGCUACUUUCUGAAAGAAGCGAAAAAUCAACACUUAGCCUCAAGAACAGUCCCACUCUCUCACGACCAUGGGUUGGAACGAACAGUAGUAGUAACUCUAAGGAUGCCGAAGGUCAGAAACUUUACCAUCUUGUCAAACCCAGUGAACACGGUCCAACUGAGAAUCAGGAGAAAAUGGUCACAGAGAUCUACCUCACUAGGUUACUUAUGAUGAAGGGAACGCUGCAAAAGUUUAUUAAUGACUUGCUAGAAGCCAUAUUUUCGACUUCAUCAAGAUCUGCACCUCUACCAGCAGCAAUCAAGUACAUGUUUGACUUCAUGGAUGAGCAGGCACUAGAGCACGGUAUUACUGAUGCAGAAGUGGUGCAUGCUUGGAAGAGCAACGCAUUGCCUUUGCGGUUCUGGGUUAAUCUCAUCAAAAAUCCACACUUCUUGUUCGAUAUCCAGAAACCGACAAAGGUGGAAGGAUGCCUAUCCGUAGUUGCACAAACCCUCAUGGAUGCUUGCUCCACGCAGGAUCACCAACUGACGAAAGAUUCGCCGUCGAGUAAGCUCCUGUUCGCCAAAGACAUGUACCAGUAUAGAGAUUGGGUGGAUAGCUACUAUUCGGAUAUUGGGCGAUUACAACCGAUAUCCGAUCAAGACAUGGCAAGUUUGUUGAACGAGGAGUCGAGAGUGCAUCGCGGCCAGUUCCAUGUGUUUUCUGCGUUGAAUGAGCUCUACAAGUACUUGGAUCAGUACAAAGAGCCGAUCAUGGACGCAUUGGAACAUAACGAACAUGCACAAGCAAGUCGGUUACCGGGUCGACUUCAGGACAUGCUAGCGUUGAUGGAAUCAGAUCAAAGUCGGACAGACUACGACAGCUCGACUCUAGGCAUCGGCUACAACUCGAACAGUCGGCUGAUGCCACGUGAACGGUUGUGA